AUGUCUCCCAAACUCUCAAUCCUUCACCUAGGCGAUCCACCUCGCUGGCAUGCAAAUCUAUACAAGAAGCUCGAAACAAACUUCACAAUCAUUCGUCCUUCAGCGGCAGAACGCGAACGUCCCGCCUUCCUCCAAGCCCUUAGGGAAAAGCGAUGGGGCAACUUUGUAGCCAUCAUGCGGCCAUUCUGGAAUACUGGAGGAGAAAUGGGAAGAACCGACCGAGAGCUGAUCUCUUUGCUUCCUGACAGCGUCAAGGUCUAUGGCUCUGCUGGUGCAGGCUUCGACUGGGUGGACACCGACAUUCUUGCUGAAAAAGGAAUCGUCUAUUGCAACGGCGCAGCAGCUUCUUCAGACUCAGUGGCCGACUCCGCCCUCUUCCUCAUCAUCUCCACCUUCCGCAACCUCGCCUGGUCACAGAUCGCCGCUCGCUCAGGAAACCCAGACGAGCUCUUCGACGCCCACAAAAACUCUCCAACAACAGCCAUAAACCCUGCUGGUAGGAUACUAGGUAUCGUCGGUCUAGGCAACAUUGGGUACAGAAUUGCUCAAAAGGCUCAUCUCGGAUUGAACAUGAAGAUUGCCUACCACGACCUUUUCCGCAAACCAAAAUCUGUGGAAGAGGCGGUAGGUGCUUCUUUCUACGAUACUCUUGAUGAGAUGUUGGGAGCUGCCGAUUGCAUCAUCGUUGCAACACCAUUUUCUGGUAAGCAACUCUUCACGGCUGAAAAGUUCAAGAAGUUCAAGCGAGGAAGUCGACUCAUUAACAUCGCACGUGGUCCUCUGGUCAACGAGGCCGACCUUGUGGAAGCGCUCAAGUCAGGCCAAUUGAGUGCAUGUGGUUUGGAUGUGUUUGAGAACGAACCGCAUGUCAACAAGGAGCUGUGCGGGCUGAAACAGGCAACCUUGACGGCACACACAGCUGGUGGGACCAUCGAUACACAUAUUGGGUUUGAAGAGUUGUGUUACAAGAACGUAUUGGGAGCUCUGCUCGAAGGCAAGGCCAUCACUCCGGUAAAUUUGCAUCUGAUCAAGGCUGGGAAGAGUAAAUUGUAG